CCUUCAUGACGCUGAAAUCUAAAAUCUGUAUAUGGUAUACAACUUAAAGUAUAUAUAAGCAAGCUCAGCUCUGCUGGAGACACACAGCAAGUGCUUUCCUUCCAACUAGAUUGCCUCCUUGUCCAGUCAAGAAGACCACAAAGUUCAGCAAUGGCUAUGACUGAUAUCCUUUCUGCUAAAGAUAUUGAAGCUGCUCUUACCAGCUGCCAGGCUGCUGACUCUUUCAACUACAAGUCUUUCUUCUCCAAGGUCGGUCUAAAAGGCAAGUCUACUGACCAGGUAAAGAAAAUUUUUGGAAUCCUUGACCAGGACAAGAGCGGCUUCAUUGAGGAAGAUGAGCUUCAGCUGUUCCUGCAGAAUUUCUCCUCAACUGCCCGAGCUCUAACUGCUGCUGAGACCAAGGCUUUCAUGGCUGCAGGUGACACUGACGGUGAUGGCAAAAUCGGAGUGGAUGAAUUCCAGGCUCUGGUGAAGGCAUAAAGAGCAUUAGACCAAAA